AUGAGAAUUCGUCAAGAGAGUCAUGAUAAUUCUAGAUAUAUUUCUUUUGAAAGAAAAAUCGCUGUUACAAUUUGGUUUCUUUCAACUGGUGAGAAAUUAAGAUGUCUAGGCCAAAGGUUUGAAAUAGCAGAAUUGACAAUGAGUUGUAUUAUUAGAGAAGUUGUGGAUGCAAUAAUUAAAAGAUUUAUGAAUGAAACAAUAAGGCUUCCUGACAAUGAUAGAGAAAUUUGUCAAGUUAAACAAAGGGUGUUUGUUGAUGGUCCUGCUGGAAGUGGAAAAACCUAUCUCUAUGAUUGCCUCCUUGCCUAUGUGCAAGCUAACAGUAUAAUUGCAUUGGCGGUAGCUUCUUCCAGUAUUGCAUCAUUACUAUUGCAUAGUGGAUGCACAGCACAUUUUCACUUCAAGGUACCAAUUCCAAUUCUGGUUAUUUGGGAUGAAGCUCUGAUGACAAAUAUAUUUCUGUUUGGGGGAGACUCCUGUCAAGUUCUUCCUGUAGUUCACAAAGGCACAAGAGCCCAGAUUGUAAAUGCUGUUCUCAACAAGUCAUAUCUGUGGUAUUAUGUUUGUGUUUUCACUUUGACAGCCAAUAUGCAAGUUGCCCAAGCCACCAACUUUGAGGCAAAGGCAUUUGCAGAGUACUUGUUCAGAAUAGGUAAUGGUACUGAACCUACAAUAGAAAACAACUUGAUUCGAUUUCCUGAUGAGAUGAUUGUUCACCCAGAGAAUGACAAAGAUCCUAUUUACUUACUAAUAAAUACUGUAUAUCCUAAUCUCACUAAAAAUGAUGCCAACAUUACCUUUGUAACAGAAAGACAGUAUACAUGCUAUAGCUUUGACUCAGUGCCAGAAGAUAACUUAAAUCUAUACCCAGUUGAAUAUCUUAAUUCCCUAAAACCUCAAGAUCUUCCUCCACAUGAACUCACUCUAAAAGUUGGGGAUCAUCAAGGAAAGCAUGUAUUCAUAUCUAGAAUUCCUCUCCUAUCAUCUGAAGAUAGUGGAUUACCUUUUGUAUUACAAAGAAAACAAUUUCCUGUGCAUCCAGUUUUUGCAUUGACCAUAAAUAAAUCCCAGGAUCAAACAAUACCUCAUAUUGGUCAAUACCUUCCACAACCAGUAUUUUCUCAUGGUCAGUUGUAUGUAGCUAUGCCAAAAGCAUAA